UUCUUGGUUUUGUUUUCAAAGCUGUUUUAGGAAAGAAGAAACAUGGAAAGCGGUGCAGUUCUGCUGGAAUCUAAAUCCUCACCAUUUAACCUUCUGCAUGAAAUGCAUCAGCUACGUCUUCUCGGUCACCUGUGUGACGUGACUGUCAGCGUGGAGUACCAGGGCGUCCGAGAAGAAUUCAUGGCCCAUAAGGCGGUGCUGGCAGCCACUAGCAAGUUUUUUAAGGAAAUGUUCCUUAAUGAGAAGACCGUGGAUGGCACUAGGACUAAUGUCUACUUAAAUGAAGUGCAGGUUGUUGACUUUGCUUCAUUUCUUGAGUUUGUCUACACUGCAAAGGUACAGGUGGAAGAAGACCGGGUGCAGCGAAUGCUAGAAAUGGCUGAAAAGCUAAAAUGUUUGGACUUAUCGGAAACUUGUUUUCAAUUAAAGAAACAGAUGUUGGAGUCGGUACUUUUGGAGUUGCAGAAUUUCUCGGAGUCUCAGGAGGAGGAAGGGAGCCGUGUCUCCCAAGUCACUGUUGCUCCUGAUGCUCAGGCAGGUGCACCCGCUGACAGUCCUCUUGCCAAUGGCUGUGCGGAUUCCUCAGCUCCCCCAGUGGAGAGAAUUAGCAAUGGCAUGUUGCCAGAUAUGCCCCUGAGGAAGUCCAAGGACAAACCAGACAAGAAAAAAGAUGUAGUUAAGCCUCCCUACCCUAAAGUCAGAAGAGCUAGUGGAAGGCUGGCUGGAAGAAAGGUAUUUGUGGAAAUCCCUAAAAAGAAAUACACAAGAAGACUCCGAGAGCAGCAGAAAAGUGCUGAGGAUGAUGUGAGGGACUACAGGGGUCCCCAAGACCCCAGCCCAGACACUGUGGGAACAGAGAUGGAGCCAAUUCCCAAAACCGCGGAUUACAAUGCUGGGGUGGAGGUGGAGGAGGUGCUGCAGAAAGCAGGGCAGGGGGAUGAAGAGGAGGAGGAGGAUGAGGAGGGGGAGAAGAAGAAGAGCAACUUUAAGUGCACUAUCUGUGAAAAAGCCUUUUUGUAUGAGAAGAGCUUCCUGAAGCACAUCAGGCACCACCACGGAGUGGCCACGGAGGUGGUCCACCGCUGCGACACCUGCGGCCAGACCUUUGCCAACCGCUGUAACCUGAAGAGCCACCAGCGCCACGUGCACAGCAGCGAGCGCCACUUCCCGUGUGAGCUGUGUGGGAAGAAGUUCAAAAGGAAGAAGGAUGUCAAGCGGCAUGUGGUGCAGGUGCACGAGGGCGGGGGCGAGCGCCACCAGUGCCAGCAGUGCGGCAAGGGCCUGAGCUCCAAGACGGCCCUGCGGCUGCACGAGCGGACGCACACGGGCCACAAGCCCUAUGGCUGCACGGAGUGCGAGGCCAAGUUCUCGCAGCCCUCGGCUCUGAAGACCCACAUGAGAAUUCAUACAGGGGAAAAACCUUUUGUCUGUGAUGAAUGUGGUGCAAGAUUCACUCAGAACCACAUGCUGAUUUAUCAUAAAAGGUGUCACACAGGUGAAAGACCUUUUAUGUGUGAAACAUGUGGCAAGAGUUUUGCUUCUAAGGAGUAUUUAAAACAUCACAAUAGAAUCCAUACUGGAUCCAAACCCUUUAAAUGUGAAGUUUGUUUUAGGACUUUUGCCCAGCGGAAUUCACUUUACCAGCAUAUUAAAGUCCACACAGGGGAACGUCCCUAUUGUUGCGACCAAUGUGGUAAGCAGUUCACCCAGCUCAAUGCUCUACAGCGCCACCAUCGGAUCCACACGGGAGAGAAGCCGUUCAUGUGUAACGCAUGUGGACGGACGUUUACUGACAAGUCCACUCUCCGGCGGCAUACCUCCAUACAUGAUAAGAAUACUCCAUGGAAGUCUUUCCUUGUUAUUGUAGAUGGCUCACCCAAGAAUGAUGAAGGGCACAAGACUGAACAGCCUGAUGAAGAAUAUGCAUCAUCCAAACUUUCAGAUAAAUUGCUGUCUUUUGCAGAAAAUGGCCAUUUUCACAACCUGGCAACAGUCCAAGACAGCGUAUCUACCGUGCACGAGAACAGCUCUGCAGACACGGCCUGCAAGUCAGAUGAUUCCAUGGUGUCCCAGGAUGCUCUGCUGGCCACCACCAUCAGUGAGCUUAGCGAGCUGACUCCACAGACAGACUCAAUGCCCACACAACUUCACUCUUUGACCAACAUGGAAUAAGAGCUUGAAGUUACCUGCCAAGCAGGUCUCAUCCUGUCUCUUUGCGUGUGAUAGCUGUACACGAGAUAAUGUCAGGGGCUAAGAAAAAGACUGUCUAUGGGCAAAGAAGUGGGCAAGAACAGCUUCAGCAGGUUUCUCUGAAUUUCUGCUAACUUGCACGUCUUUAUCAAAGUGUUUUUAAAGCUUUCCCUUAAAAAUCCUGAUCUGCAUGAUCUCAGCUACACUUUAUCAACAAACAAGGCAGUUAAUGUAACCUCACUUACUUGUGGUGUAGUUGUAUGCGUUAAUCAUUCUAACGCUUGAUUAUCUUGAUGUUUAUGAAGUUUGGACAACUGCUUCAUCUUAGUACACAGCAUUGAUCCAGCUCAUGCAAUUGCUUUUAAUGGUCUCCCUGGUGUCUCAGCCUGCCUUAUACUUCCAUGUGGGUUUAUUUCUCUGAUACUUUUAAGGUAUUUUUCUACAAAGCUGAAAUAAAAUUGGGGCCAUGUAUUUUCGGCUGUUUCUUUCCUGUUGAAUUGAAGCAAAUCAGAUCUGCUCUGGGGACCCUUGAAUGGGACUGAAGAAAUGGAUUAUUGCAUUCAUUCCCUUCUACCCCCCGGUUUGUAGGCGCUAAAAAAAGAAUGAGAAAUUGAACACUUGUGAAAUAGCUUAGUAUAAUCUCUACUCACAGCACAUAUGCAGCAAGGAAAUUUGCCACAAAAUAA